AUAACCUUAAAAUUUGUUUACCGUGAAGCGCGUGUGUAUAGAGAUUUUUCUUUACAAUUUUUUUUAUUGGAAAAUCCAAAGAAUUUCUUGGUGUCAAGUGGUUAGAAUCUAUUCAUGAUGUCUCGCUUAAUGUUGAGACUCAGAAGCAUUGUGGAGAAAAGUGGGAAAAUUGGUGUAUCGCCUUAUGCAACUUUCACACAGAAGGAUUUUCUGUAUGAGGAUCAUUCGCAUUCCGGAACUCUUAUAAAUCGCUUCGCUAAGUCAAUUGCCUACGAAAAUAGUCGAGAAGCAAAAAUUGUGAGGAACAGCAUCAAGUACAGCAAUUUCUAUCCAGUUCACGAUCAGCAGAAGUUCUUUCAGGAGCUACAGAAAGUAGAAACUGACCAAUUGGCCAGGCUCCUGAUGUUUACAGCAAACUAUCGUGGGAAUGCAGACAUCGGCAAAAUCUUCAAGGUUAUUAAUCAGCUGGACAAUGAAGUAGACCGGAGAAUUGGGGAGAUGGAGUAUCGAGAUGUUCAGGAAUUAAUGUUCAUGUUCUUGUAUUUGUUGCCCAACAAAGUGACGCAAUUGGACGCAAUACGGAAUGGGGUGCAGAAAUUGUUAGAUGGAUUCCCUCAGAAUGACACAAAGGAGAACUUUCUGCAAAUUUGUUUCUACUUGGGAUUAUUCAAGAAGUCCCGGAAAGAGAGUGAACAGUUAAAGGCAUUUCUGGGAAUGCACCUGAGCAAGUUUAUCCGUGAUUUGGAUACCUUGCAGAUUGCUCUUGUGGCCAAUUCUGCCUUUAAGGCUGCUGUUACGAUUCCCGAUAAGGAAUUCCAUCAGAGAUUGACCACAGAAAUCCUCGAAAUGGAUCAGGAUAUUGAUAUUCAACUCCUAGUGACAUUUGUCAAGAGUUUGAGACACAAUAGAGUAGAUUGCGGGGAUGUUCUGGAUAAGGUGCAACAUUUCCUGAGAAAUAGAAGUAUUCCAAAUGCUGAUCUACGAGGAUAUGCUCACCUAUUGGCACUCUUUGUGGAAAAUCGUAACCUCCCGACGGAUCUUGGAAGCCAUGUAGUAAAAGAAUGCAUGGUGAUAAUUCAAGAAGAACAUGAGAGAUCCAUGAUCCUCAGCAGAGAUGACAAAUACAUGAAUCCGAACUUUCGUCCCAAGGAUCUGGCAACAUUCCUCUGGUGCUGCACGAGUCUCCCGGAUGGAAUUUUCACUAGAGACGACAUGAAAAAUCUUACAAAUGCAAUCAUCUGGAAAUUGAGAAAUUACGAAUAUAAAUAUUCCUAUGAUGAAUUUGUGGAUACACUUCUAUCCUUUUUUAUGUUGGGCGGAAAAUCUGAGACUCUUUUCAAGGCAUUUUUCACUGAAAAAAAUUUUCUAGUACCUCCGAAAAAUCUAAAUCGUGCAAAAUUGGAUUCGAGGCAGCUACUUCUAAUAACUUGUCUGGAAAUUGAGUGCCCAGAAGUUGUGCCCAAGGAUGUGGGUAGCAAAACUUCCAAAAGUCCAUCCAAUGUUCCAGACUAUCUUCUAGACAAACGCCCACAAUUUGUUUGCGUUGGACAGAUACUAAAAGACUUGACUGAAGAAUUGAAGAUCACAAAAAUUCAAUCAAAAAUUCCAGUAAGGAACAUAAAUAUUCCGAGUUAUUGGAUUGAAAUUAAGAUGACUGAUGGAAGAAAAGUCACAUUCUGGUUGGAUUUACUGGACAAAGAAGCAACUAUGGCCGAUUCUAAGACACCAACAGCAAUUCUGAGGCUGAAAAUGCGACUUCUCAGGAAUAUGGAGCAAGAUUUUGUUCUUGUAAACGUCGUUAAUAAAGAAGGUGAAGAAUUGAAGGAGAUUUUGAGGAAGACAAUUAAAGAGCAUCUGGAGAGCCUAGAUUCUGAAUCCGAAGAUGAAAUUCAAGGUGUCAUUAAAUAGAAUGUUCUUUCGAUAAAAAUACAAGUAGUAAAAAAUUUAACCAAAAAAUAAAAAAACGCGUUAAAAUAUUAA